CGGAGCGGAGUGACAGGGUUUGUGAAGAUGACCGGGGGAGUUUCUUGCAGAGAGCAACUGCAAUGAAAUGCUUCACAUCCCCUAGCACACAGGCAGCCCUGACUCGAGUCGGCUCUUGGGGGAAGAGACACACUCCAAGCCUGGAGCCCAGAAUGCUUUAUUCGAAUGAAUCUUUGCAAUGUGGAGAGUCAGCUCGCCUUCUGUCUAACCUAUUUUCUACAGAGCAUUGGCUGAAGGAUGCUGCUUGUGUUUUGCUCUAAGGUCACAGCUUGAAGUCCUUUUACCUUGCUUUCUGCCAGCAGUGGCUUAUUUUGGUGGACUGCUCUUGCUUUCCAUUACUCAAAUGUCCAAUUUGGAAUAGGUAUUAUGCACCAAAAGGCAGUAGGUAACGCAUCCUAUGAGGUGUCUUAGAGUUAUCUGACUACCCACUGUCAAGCAAAAACUCUUCUGAUGGUACCUAAUCACCACUGAACACAACAUGAAAAUGUGGUUCUUGAUCAGUCACCUCCUUACUACAUGUUUCAUUUUCUGCCUAGCAGUGCCAUCCAAACGGCAGGGAUUUUCAACUUAUUCAUUCCAUGUUUCAGAAGAAGGAAAGGGAUAUGGCCCAAUCUUUGAAGAGCAGCCAAUCAAUACCAUUUAUCCCGAAGAAUCACCGGACGGCAAAGUUUCCAUGAACUGCAGGGCUCGAGCAAGCCCCUUCCCUAUCUACAAAUGGAAAAUGAAUAACUGGGACAUUGACCUGACAAGUGAUCGCUACAGUAUGGUAGGAGGCAACCUUGUUAUCAAUAACCCUGACAAAUUGAAGGACAGCGGAAAAUAUGUUUGUUUAGCUUCGAAUACCUUUGGAAUGGUGCGAAGCAUUGAAGCCUUACUGAGUUUUGGAUAUCUUGAUCCUUUUCCACCAGAGGAGCGCACUGAGGUCAAAGUGAAGGAGGGAAUUGGACUGGUGCUUCUGUGUGAUCCCCCUUAUCAUUUUCCAGAUGACCUAAGUUAUCGUUGGCUCUUAAAUGAGUUUCCAGUAUUCAUCACUAUGGACAAACGGCGAUUUGUGUCUCAGACUAAUGGCAAUCUCUAUAUUGCGAACGUAGAAGCAUCUGAUAGAGGCAAUUACUCAUGCUUUGUAUCUAGUCCGUCAAUUACAAAGAGCGUAUUCAGCAAAUUUAUACCACUCAUUCCCCUAUCAGACCGCACCACAAAAGGAUAUCCUGCUGAUAUCAAAGUUCAGUUCAAGGACACGUCUGCAUUGGUGGGGCAAAAUGUGACGUUAGAAUGCUUUGCACUUGGAAACCCCGUCCCUGAGAUCCGAUGGCGGAAGGUACUUGAACCCAUGCCGGGCUCAGCUGAGAUCAGUAUGUCUGGCUCUGUUCUCAAGAUCUUCAAUAUUCAGCUUGAAGAUGAAGGAACAUAUGAAUGUGAAGCAGAGAACAGUAAAGGAAAAGAUAAGCAUCAGGCAAGAAUUUAUGUCCAAGCAUAUCCUGAAUGGGUUGAAUAUAUCAACGACACGGAGAGAGAUAUAGGCAGUGACCUCUACUGGCCUUGUGUAGCUACAGGCAAGCCCAUUCCUACAAUCAGAUGGUUGAAAAAUGGAUUCCCAUACCAGAAAGGUGAACUGAGAAUAUAUGGCCUGACCUUUGAUCAUGCUGGAAUGUAUCAGUGCAUUGCAGAAAAUACUCAUGGAGCCAUUUAUGCAAAUGCUGAGCUGAAGAUUCUAGCCUUGCCUCCCACAUUUGAACUGAAUCCUAUGAAGAAGAAGUUCUUGGCUGCAAAAGGAGGCCGCGUUUUAAUGGAAUGCAAGCCAAAAGCUGCACCCAAAGCUAAGUUCUCAUGGAGCAAAGGAACAGAAUGGCUUGUCAAUAGCAGUCGGAUAUCUAUUUGGGAGGAUGGUAGUCUGGAAAUCAGAAAUAUCACAAGAAUGGAUGGAGGCACUUACACGUGUUUUGCAGAAAACAAUCGAGGAAAAGCUAACAGCUCUGCAACUCUUUCAAUCACUGAUGCUACGAGGAUUAUUUUAGCACCUGCUAACGCUGACGUCAUUGUGGGAGAGAAUGCUACAAUGCAGUGCUAUGCAUCACACGAUCCUGUUCUAGAUCUCACAUUCAUUUGGGCCCUAAAUGGCUAUGUGAUAGAUUUUAACAGAGAACAGAGACACUACAUGCGGAAUUUCAUGAUAGAUGCCAAUGGUGAAUUGAUCAUUAAAAAUGCACAGCUGAAACAUGCUGGAAGAUACACCUGUACCGCACAGACGAUUGUUGACAAUUCCUCAGCAUCGGCUGACCUUGUCGUGCGAGGUCCUCCAGGCCCACCAGGGGGUGUGAGAAUAGAUGACGUGAGAGAUACUUCAGUAGCGCUUACAUGGAGCCGUGGAACAGACAAUCACAGCCCUAUUUCUAAAUACUCCAUCCAGUCCAGGACCAUUCUUUCCGAUGAUUGGAAAGAUGCUAAAACAGAGCCUCCAAAUAUUGAAGGAAACAUGGAAGCAGCACGAGUGGUAGAUUUAAUCCCAUGGAUGGAGUAUGAAUUCCGCAUAAUAGCAACCAACACACUGGGAAUAGGAGAGCCCAGUACACCGUCCAACAAAAUUAAAACAGAAGGUGCCGCACCUACCGUGGCUCCUUCCGAUGUUGGAGGAGGAGGUGGAAGCAAUCGGGAAUUGACCAUAACAUGGGUGCCUUUGUCAAGAGAGUACCAUUAUGGCAGUAAUUUUGGUUACGUGGUGGCUUUCAAGCCUUUUGGCGGAAAGGAGUGGAAAAAAGUGACGGUUACUAACCCAGACGCCAGUCGGUACGUCCACAAAGAUGAGAUGAUGUCUCCUUCCACGGAGUUCCAAGUGAAAGUCAAAGCCUUCAACAACAAAGGGGAUGGUCCAUUUAGCCUGACAGCAGUCAUUUACUCCGCACAGGAUGCUCCUAAUGAAGCCCCAACAGAAGUGGGUGUAAAAGUCUUAUCAUCUUCUGAGGCCUCUGUUUCUUGGAAACACGUUCUUGAGAAAUCUGUGGAAGGCUAUAUGGUCCGGUACUGGGCCAGUCAAGACAGAGAGGAUGCUGCUCAGAGAGUGCAAGUCACAAGUCAGGACUAUUCCGCGAAACUGGAAAACCUGCUGCCCAACACACAGUACAGCAUCGAGGUUUGUGCCUACAAUAGCGCAGGCUAUGGGCCACCCAGCGAGAUGAUUGAGGCCGUCACGAAGAAAGCACCUCCCAGCCAGCCUCCGAGAAUUAUCAGUUCCAUAAGGUCUGGUUCACGCUACAUCAUCACCUGGGAUCAUGUUAUAUCUCUGUCAAACGAAUCUGCCGUACAAGGAUACAAGGUACUCUACAGACCCGAUGGACAACAUGAUGGCACCUUGAUUUCAACUGGUUCACAUUCAAUAGAGGUCCCAAUCCCCAGGGAUGGACAAUAUGUCGUGGAGAUUCGAGCACACAGUGAAGGAGGAGAUGGAGUGGUAUCUCAAAUUAAGAUUUCAGGUGCAACCGGAAUAUCACCUAGUCUUCUUGGCUUAUUGCUGCCUGCCUUUGGCAUCCUUGUCUACUUGGAAUUCUGAAUGUAGUUGGAUUAUUCUCAGCCCAGUGCAAAGAACUCUCUUCAAAGCUGAGGACCGCGAUUCUUUUCUGACUCCUAUGGCACCAUCCUAAGCCAAAAAAAUUACCCUUUAAACUAGCUAUCCAACUGAUUUACAAUGAACUCUUAAGAGGAUUGAGGCAUCCAGGAACCCCUUCAUUGAAUGAAUCAUCUUUGGAACAUAGACAAAAUGAUUUUUAACUUGUUCCAGUAUGCCUUAUAAAACACUUAUGCUGAUCUUUGAUGGUUGCAUGAUUCGAUCCAAUGGGGCAAGUUACAGUGUUAAAAUCCAAUAAUAUAGGCUGUACAGUGAGAGUAAAUUCACCAUACAUAGGUGCUUUACCUUUAAUAACAAAUUGUGAAAUAUACUAGAGAUUGAAACGUUGAUUGUAAGUGAUAAAUGUAAGAGUAACUCCGUUCGUCUGUACUAUCCUAUACGUUUUGUGUCCUGCAUACUUCUGAAUGACCCCUGUCAUUCGUGAGACUUCUGGAUUUUAGAGGUACAGUCAAAGCAAAAACUUUCACUUGAGUUUUUUUAGAGCUUUAUUUGAAACAGCAAAUGAAUAUUUGGCUCAUUCAAGUCAAGUUCAGCUAUGGGGACUGCCAUAGUUUUGGGUUUUUGUAUUUAAAAUCAAAUUUGAAUGACGGUGAAUUUCAAGGUGAAUGUAAUUAGAACAUGCUAAAAUGGGCUCUAAUUUCCAACAGCGUGUUCUAUCAAGAUUUCUUUUUUCUCAAUUGCAAGUACAUUUUGGUCAGAGUGACAUUUUGUCAUACUACUGUCAACAUAUAGCAUACAAAUGUUUCAUCUAUUUUAUUCUACUCAGAAGUUGUUUUUAUGAUAGAAUUGUAUCUAUCACCAAUUUUAAACUUAACAGAUUCCAACUUUUACCUGAAGAGAUGUCACAUGAUUUUUUCAUUCAGACUUUAGAAAUAAUAAAUUCUGAAUAGUAGUGUGCUUCCAUUCAUUCUGUAGAUGUGACAUUGGGAGACAAAUGAGGAUUUAACAAAUCAAAAGGAAAAUGCAGUGAUAUCAGACUAACCUGAUAGUAUUUUAGUAGUUCCUUUUCAUGAUUCCUACACAAAGUAUAGGCCUUUCUUUAGUCAAGGCAGGAAGUUCAGGAAAUGAUCUGAAGGUUUGACAGAACUGCGGAAGUCCUCAUUCACUAAUGAAACCAUUAAAACCAUUUAUCAUCUCAAAGCAAUACUGAAGACUAAGGAGGGAUCAACAUUUCAACAUGCCAACAAUUGUGUUUUGAAGAGUAUGCAAAACGGAAAAUCUAGUAGGAAAUUAAUAAUGUUUGUGCCUUGACUGUAUCUGGCAGGAUUCAGCUUUUUAGGUUAUUUUUUUUCUUUUCCUCUUAAUUAUAAACAAAACGAGAUCAAACCCCAUUCAUUCCUUCAUUCUCCAUGCGUGCUCAGGAUUUAGUGUGGAUGUGGAAGAAAUACAAUGAGGAAUCAUCCAGCUCAAGUAAUAGUGCAAUGUCUGAUGCUUCAAGAACUAUAAGCUUUGAAUCAUUUUAUUAGCACAACCUUCCUAGCUAAUUAAAGAUAGAAUUUAUCUUUCUAGAAUGGAUACUGUAGAAGUCCAUGAUAUUUACAGGAAGCAAGAAUAUAUUACUAGUUUGCACCAUUUUCUUUCAUUUGUAUCAUUUUUGUACUGUAUAUUUACAUAUAAAUGUUUAGAGUCAGCAGUAUGAUAAACCCCAAUAAUACCAUUCAUUUAAUUUUAACUUGUUAUUAAAAAAACUUUUUUAAAUAAAUGAAAUGAGUAAUUUCCCAAUGGAGGAAUGGCCAAGGUCUUAAAAUCACUGUUGAAUUUCAUAAAAUGUAUAAUUACUUGGAAAAGAAACAAAAUAAGUUCAUACUUAGAGACACUAAUACUCUGAGAGCCUUCUGUACAAAAGUUUUUUUUGGAUUUGUUUUACUUUGGGGUUUCUUUUUGCAGUGUGACCCAUGUUGGGAAUUUUUAUAUAAUCAACUACUAAUUAACUGUCUGCCAAAUGCAUGCAUGUCUUUUACUUUUCUAAUACAUGGUAAUAAGGGUCAAAACUGGUUAGUUUCUGCAUGAGAUGAUUCCCGAAAGGGAAAACUAAGAAUUUUUUCGGUGGUUCUGUUGUUUUGUUUGUUUCUUUGUUUUUGUGGGUUGGGGGGCAGGGGUAUUGUGUGUAGGGUUUUUUGUUUUGUUUUGUGUUUGUUUUUUGUUUUUUUUUUAAUCUGUGGCAUAGAUGACCUAGGUUACAGAAUUUCAUAGAUUGAUCGUGUAACCAGCUGCUCAUUGCUUCAUUAAAUUGUACGAUUUUGACCAGAACCUUCAGUUUCAAACUGAUGUCAAAAGACUAAUGUAACAUUGCUUAAGAUGCAAGGUUCUUAAUUAAAGUUUAUAUAGAGAUAGACACAUUUGUUGUUUCUUUGUAUUUCAGAAAAGGUGAUAUUAGUAGUUUUAUUUGAUACUGAUGAAAUUUGGAUUGAUUUUCUUAGUUAUUUUUAUGAGUUUUUUUUCAAUGGAGUAGACUAGGACUGUGCUUUGUCCUUUUUAUGAAUGAAAAUAAAUUAUAAUGAAUAAAUGUAUAACUGUUACCCAAGAA